UAAGUAAGGAGAUUCUGGUUAUCUGACACAGAAAGGUGAAGGUUUUCUUUCUUCACCCUCAAAGGAACCCAGUUCAAGUUUACACACUAUACCUCUCACUGAGAGGUCUUGAGGUCUCAAAUGGGAGCCCUUCAAGCCACAGUUCUUCUCUGCUUGGUCUUAUUGCAUCUGUGCAGCAGCAUUCUUGCCCAAGAUGAAGAUUGGAAGACUGCUACUGCAACUUACUCCAAAGAAACAGAUGGGUCUAUCAUUACUGAAGGUGCUUGUGGUUAUGGUGACCUUCACAAGAUUAGCUAUGGGAAAUACAGUGCUGGGCUGAGCCGGAUUUUGUUCAACAGAGGAAGUACUUGUGGUGCUUGUUAUGAGCUGAGAUGUGUUGACCACAUCUUAUGGUGCCUGCAAGGGAGCCCCUCUAUAAUACUCACUGCUACCGAUUUCUGUCCUCCGAAUUUUGGGCUUUCGGCGGAUUAUGGUGGCUGGUGCAAUUUCCCCAAAGAACAUUUUGAGAUGUCAGAGGCAGCAUUUGCUGAAAUUGCAAAGAAAAAGGCUGAUAUUGUGCCAGUUCAGUAUAGGAGGGUGAAGUGUGACAGAACUGGAGGACUACGGUUCACUAUGAGUGGAAGUUCUCACUUCUAUGAAGUCCUGAUUACCAAUGUAGGUUCGGAUGGGGAAGUGGUUGCUGUGAAGGUGAAGGGUUCGAAAACAGGGUGGAUACCGAUGACUAGAAACUGGGGACAGAUUUGGCAAAGCAAUGCCAAUCUUCAAGGGCAGCCUCUUUCUUUCGAGGUAACAGUCAGUAGCGGAAAAACGCUCGCAUCUUACAAUGUUGCUCCAUCAAAAUGGCAAUUUGGUCAGACAUUUGAAGGGAAGCAGUUCUAG